CCUGCUGGUGUCCCCCCGGUGGGUGUUUGUUUACCCCAGUAACACCCGCGACGCUGAGUGGGAGGGAGGCACCUUUUGGCCCGCCACUUGCACUGCCGCUGCUACCCCGCCCACCACACUCACAGGGGCGUGUUCUGACCCACUAGGGUAGCCACAGAUCAACAACAAUGACGGAGGAAAUAUUAUCUCUGAAAUGGAACAACCAUCGUACAACGUUUUUUCAUGUCCUCUCCAAUGUUAGACUAAAGGAGGCCUACUCUGAUGCCACGGUGGCAUGUGAGGGCAAAUUCUUCCCAGUGCAUAAACUGGUGAUGUCCUCUUGCAGUGACUACUUUGAGCAGAUCUUCCAAGUGGUACAAUGUCGACAUCCUGUCAUUGUGCUCAAAGAUAUAACUCAUCAACACAUGGACCUGCUGCUCAGCUACAUGUACCUUGGAGAAGUCAAGGUAGCUCGAGGCGAUCUCCAAGGAUUGCUCAGAGCUGCAGAAUGCCUCAGAAUUAAGGGUCUGGCCGUUCCUGAUGAGGCACCGGUGAAAGAGGAGAUGUCCCCUUCAGUCACAGAGUCUGAAGGAGAUCCAAGCCCUCCAAGAAAACGUCUCAGGGCAGAGGAGGUGGUCAGUCCUCCAGAGAUAACUCACAUACCUGCCCCCCCUCAGCCAACUCAGACGACUACCGCAGACUUCUCUUCACAGUACCAGGAUCAAGAAAACAGGGAAUUCUUUGACCUCCAGGUUCAACCCUUUGGAGACCCAGGCAAUGGAGUAAAAGAUGAAGUGAAAUACAAUGAGAUGCAGGAAAAUGGAAAUGUCAACAAGACAGCAGGAGUCCCCAUGAACCAGAAUAUGGUGCCUGCACAGGGAGUUGGCACCCACCAGCCUCACGCGGGACAGGAGCCAUUGUUUGCCUGGAGUCAUCCUGAAGGGAAUCACCAGAACAACAUGAACUACCCCAUGAAUGUGCUGCCCAAUACACUGCCUGAACUCAACCUGAACAAUGAACCCGGCAACAAUCGAAUAACUUCACUAAAAUGUGUAUACUGUGAGAAGCUAUUCAUUUAUCCAGCAAAACUAGCCAGCCAUUUAAGAACCCACACGGGGGAGAAACCAUUUGCAUGUCCCUACUGUCCAUACCGAGCCACGCAGCAGGGCAAUCUCAAUCGUCACGUCAAGAUCAAGCACUAUGUGGAGCAAGGCAAUUGAUUCCCAAGUAGUCACUGCUCACUGUCCAUAGCUCAUACUCUGAGUUACUCUUGUAAAGUUCAUUGUGUCUGUACUUUCAUAUAAACUCUGUUAAUUCAGUUAUAUCCACAACCCAAAGUUGACAAGAAAAUAAGUUAGAACUGUGUUAUAAUGGACUAAUUGGAGGAUCUGUUGAUAGAAAUUUUUCAUGUUAGCAAAUUGGAACUAAUAUUGUCACUGAGUUAUAUACUUAUGAAGUACAGCUAUUAUCUAAAUACAUUUAAAAUAAUUGGUAAAGGCUUGGUGUGAUUUUUUUCUUAUUUUUAUUAAAAAUCAAGCCAGUUUGAGAA